GCAGACGAAUUAUAUAGAGACCUGCCUUGCUAGACGUUAUCCCUCUGUCAAAGAUCAAGAUUCAACGAUCUUCGUUGUGUAAAGAGCUCCCUAAAACAGCCGGUUUGUGUAGUUUGCCAGACUACUUUAGUAUUUUAGUCGAGUACCAACAAAGGAUUUACCACCCAAAAAUCGUUCGUACUCGACUAAAAUAGUAGUAGUAAAGUAGUCCUCGUCUCGUAAUUUACCUCGUCCCCCUCAAAUGACAGAUUGAAUAUGGUUGCGUUACAAGUCCAUAUGUAUUUAGUCUGAGAAUUACUAUGAUUUUGUGGUUGUGAUAUUCACAGAGAACAAAACGACAAAAAUAGAUUUAGAGAUGGAGGCAAAGACAAUUAUUUUAUACGAUUCGUCGAUUUGUGAUUUUACUGGAUUUUGAGCUGUAUUUUGUAAUAAAAUAAAGUUACUAAUAUUCUUUGACAACGACUAAGCCACAAUCACAAAGAGCCACAGGUAAAAGCGUUAAAAAAAAUAGAAUGGAACAAGUGAAAAUGAAGAAGCAAGUGCAUUAAAACAAGUUGAACUGUUUAAAUUAAAAUUAAAAUGCCACGAAACUGUGAUGAAGACUCCGGGCGCAGUUCCUGUUCUGCUGCAUCCAUCAACUUCAGUCCUAUCAUGGAAAUGCACAAAUUUGAACCAACCAACCUAAAACCAAAAGAGCAGCUCACUCAGAAUAUGGAUCUUACAGUGAGCACACAACCAAGAAACUUUGCUAAUAUAAUAAAAUCUCCAAAUGAAAGAGAUCCAUUUCCUAGCUGUCGAAUCCCUAGAAACCAUAGAAAUCCUGUGUUUAGUUUAUUUGAGAAUUCCCGAUUAGGUGGUUUAAGUAAUGCUCAUUCCACUCUUAACAUCGCUUGUAGCACUCAAAUAGAAAAUUCUUUACAGGGAAAUUCUAAAUCUGUAUCUAUAUUACCUACUGAUGAUAUUAAAGUUAAUAAUCAUUUAUUAAAUUCCAACUUUAGACGAGGUAAACCUGUUCAAAGAGCAGCAUCUAGACUUUACAAGGCUGAAAAUCGUAAGGGAAAAGAAGGGUGCAUUGGACCAGAGUUCAUAGUCAGGGCUUCCCAACCACCAAAGCAUAUAGACCUAACUUUAUCUGCUAUAUGUGAUAAAAGAGUAAUAACUGUUGUACUUUUGAAUGGUCAGAAAGUAGAAAUUGUAUGUGAUCCUAACACAAUGACGGCCGGACAAAUUUUCGAAGCUUUAGUUUUCAGCGAAAAGUAUGAACACAAUUUUAUGCUUGGCAUAGCUAUAUUGAUUGGUGGAGAUUUCGUAUUCCUCCCUGAUGAUUACAAAAUUAAAAAAGUUGCGCCUGAAAAAUGGCAUAAAAACAAUAACAAACACAAGGGAAUCGAUGAAGAUAUUUCUGUUACCCUAUUUCUAAGGAUCAAAUUUUUCUUACCUAUUCAUGUUUCUAAUAAUGUACAAGGAGGUGAAUGGACCCACAGAGUUUAUUUGCAGCUUAGAAGGGCGACAGUUGAAGGACAAAUGAUUUCAACAAUACAGAAUCUCAUUUUGUUAGCUGGUUACGCAUUGCAUAUAGAAUUCGGCGAGUUCUCGUAUCGAGAACACGGUACUGCAGAUUAUUUUUUACUAGAACAUUAUUUGCCAGAAUUUCUCAUAACUAACGAUAUGUCUGAUGUGAAGUUUCGUAUGAAACGUGCUCACGAAACUCGGCGUGGUUUGGACAAGAGCAAAGCGAUCAUAAAUUACAUUACAUUAGCACAAACUUUCAGAGACUAUGGUGCACAUUUUUAUUCCGCAAUUUGGGCUACUAGGGAUGGAUUUUGCAGAGAUGUAUGGCUUUCAAUAGGUCCGAGAGGCGUUACUCUUUAUUCAAGAACUAAUGCUGUAUCCGACGAAAUGAACAAUACCAACCGUAUAGUUCUCCAGAGUUUGCCUUGGCAUCAUAUACACACAUUUUAUUACAACAAAAAAAGCCUCUACAUAAUGCCCAAUUCAUAUUGUGGUUUAGCAAAAGUAGGGAUCAAAUACAAACUUAAAAUGCUAGAAAAUAAGAGUUAUUUUGCAUUUUGGUUGGCUUCCCUACACCAUAGAUUGUAUUUAAAACUAUAUGCUAAAGAUGAUUUUAUCAAUUGUCUAUCGAGUGAACUAAAAUGCCCAAUAAAGGACAACAGUCCCAAUAAAAUGGACUGUAGUAACUAUCAAGACAGCUACAAUUUGGCUAUGAGAAAUCCAGUCAGGAUUCGACGACCUGUUAGAAGAAGGUUUAAAGUGGAUCUAUUCAAGUCUCAAAAUAAGGAAAACGAGAAACCCAAUACUGAGGAAUUGUUGAGGCAGAUUUUAUCACCUCCACCAAGUGACGAGAGCAUGUUGAACUCUCCAAUCAAAGUUGGCCAAAGAAGCUCGUCAAACGAAGGCUUGUCAUCUUCUGAAAGCAGUUUACCAAGAAGGCAUGGUGUUAAAAUGGGAACCAGAGUGUUCAAUGAAAAAUAUUCUAGAUCACCUAAUAAACUUUUAUCCGUGAAGUCUGACGGUGAUCUAGCUAUGACUCAAAGUGACUCUGACGACCUGAGUUCAGAACAACGACAGUGCAACGUGAAUAGUAUGAAACUGCUGCCGGCAAGAUCUUAUAGCCAAAAUAUGAUGGAAACUGCGCCGACAGCGUAUGUAUUAGAAUCUCCAAAAGUAUACUCAGACGUAUUUAAUUACGACACAGGAAACGAAUCUUGUGUGAACACAUCCAUAUUUGAUAGACUAGACAACAUGGAGUGUGUGCAAGGUGAAAGAAUAUUCGUCACAGCUGUAUUAGAAAGGGACAAAACAAACGCUUUAGGAUUACAAGUUGCAGAAGGAUCUGACGGUAAUGUGUACAUCAAGUCCAUAACACCAGGCAGUGCUGCGGAUUUAUGCAGAAAACUUCAGCCUGGGGACCAAAUCAUAGCAGUGAAUGGCCAGACCUUGCUGAAUCUAAAAUACGACAAAGCUUUAAACAUGCUGCAAACAGCGCCACAGACUGUGGAACUUAUUGUGUUGCAGAACAGUACAAAAAGUACAACUCUAGAGCAACAUACUAACACUUUAUCUCAAGAGCUUCAGGGUAGUCAGGUUUUACAAAGCAGUCUUAGGCAAAGUAUAGCCAGUGCGUUAGAUGCUGAACUAACUGACGAUGAACUUCUAAAUGAGGAAGCAUUGAAAACUAUAUACGCGCUAAUAAAACUGACAAAAGAUAAAGUCAUAAAUCGAAUGAGAGACAAAUCCAGUCGGCAAGCCACUCCAAAUAAAUCCAACUUACAGAAAUGCUAUUCAGAAAAUAAAGUUUACGAUGAGUCUGAUGUAGGCAAUUAUACAUCACAAGAAAAUACACCGCAAAAGAAAAAUGCUAGCCAAAAAUUCAAUACGUGGCGCGGACAACUGACGAACAGACCAAAACGUAGACCAUUGAGUUUGAGUAUACCAACCGACGUCAAUAUCCCCGAGGAUUAUUUAGAUGAUGAUGAUUUUAUGAAGAAAUCUUCACUAAAAUCGAUUCAAUCGUCAUUGAAUAGUUUGGAUAAAUCAAUCAAAAGUAGUUCUUCAAAGAAUGUAGCGCUGCCGAGAAAUUAUGGACUUGGCAGGAAAUGGUUGGGCCCUGUUAGGUACCCAGUUACGCCCUGCAAGAAUAAUCCAUCACAUGCAAUGGAUAGCAAUGUUAUAAGAAGACAUUUUGUCUAUGGUACGGGUGAUUCAGAUGAAGAACAGAUAUUUUUAUAAAUAACUCGAUAUUUUUUAUAUACUCUAUGAAUCUUAUUGUUGUACUUAGAUACGUAAGAACUGUUACAUACUAUUUUAUGUUUAUCGCCUUUAAAUUGUAUAGUUGACAAAUAUUUUUUAAUAAAAUAUAUUUUACAUUUCAAACUAA